CUACCAGCUACCAGCUACCCAGCUAGCUACCCACUCCAACAAAACCAAACAACCAAACAUGGCCAACCUAACCUAAUCACCCACCACCCACCCAUCAACCCAAGAAAGAGCAACAAUAAGAAGCAAGCGUGAUGGCAGACCGCUCCGAGCGCCGCUCACGCUCACGCUCACGCUCACCCCCCCGCCGCCCAAAAGCCCAAAGCAGCGGCGGAUUCCGCUGGAAAGAUAAGCGCGGUAGCAGCAAUACCAACAGCAACAGCAGAGACGAUGGUGCAAGUCGCGGGCUAGAUAGGGGGUAUCAUCGGCGCGAUCGAUCUCGCUCUCCGGUACGGUCUCGUCGACGGUCGAGAUCUCGCUCGCCCGCAGGAUACAACAACAAACCCACCUCAUCCAAACCCAACCCAGAGGAGGACGCCAAAUCCAAAUCCAAACACGAAAACGAAACCCCCGCCGAGCGCGAAGCGCGCAAACAGCGCAAAAAGGAAAAGCGCGCGGCGGCGGCCGCCGCCGCCGCGGGACCCCCGCAAGCGAUGAUAAUCGUGCACGUCAACGACAGACUCGGCACGAAGACGUCCAUUCCGUGUCUACCGUCUGAUACGAUCGGGGAUUUCAAGGCGAUGGUGGCGGCUCAUAUUGGGCGGGAGCCGAAUGCGCUGCUGUUGAAGAGGCAGGGGGAGCGGCCGUUUAAGGAUUUUUUGACGUUGGAGGAUUAUUCGAUUUCGAGUAAUUGUCAGUUGGAUUUGGAGGUUGGGACGGGGGAUUAGUCUUCUUUUUUUUUU